AUGAAGCUUACCGGAGCUGUCCUGGCCAGCCUCGUCGGCUGCGUCGCUGCCCUGCCCCCGGCGCCUUUCUUCAACGGCCCUCCUCCCGCUCCCUCUGGCUCGGUGGCUCCCGCUCCUGGGGAAUCUUCCUUCCCUCCUCCGCCUCCUCCCAGCUCGGUGUCCGGCGCUCCUCCCUCUGUGACCCCCGAGCCCUACGAGAAGCGCCAGUUCGGUGGCCCCCAGCCUUCCGGCCCCCCCGCUGGUCCCUCCGGUUCUUUCGGCCCCGCCCCCUCCGGUUUCCCUGAAGGAUUCGGUAGACGUCAGUUCGAUGGCUUCGGCGGCUUCGGUGGUCCCUUCGACUCCGCUCCUUCCGCCACUCCCUCCGCUACUCCCUCCGCCUUCCCCGGAGCCAGCUUCGAGGAGCAUCAGUUCCCCGGUCCCUCCGAGUCCGCCCCCGCUGGGCCCCCUCCCUCCGGCUCCCCUUCCCCCGUCCCAUUCGGUGACUUCGGUGGCUUCGGCAAGCGUCAGUUCGGUGGCCCCGUCGAGUCUGCCCCUGCGGGUGCUCCCUCUGGUGCCCCCGGUCCUGCACCCUCUGAGGGCUUCGGAGGCUUCUUCAAGCGCCAGUUCGGUUCUCCUGCAGAGGGACCUGAGCAGGGCCCGCAAGGCCAGGCUCCCCCAUUCCCCAGUGGCGUGCCUUCCUUCACUCCUUCUCCGGCUCCUACCCCGUCGGGUGGCUUUGAGGAGCGUCAGUUCGGUGGGUUCCCCACCCCAACUCCUGUCCCCAGCGGCCCCGCUGGUGGCUGCCUUUGGCCAAGGAAGAUCAGCGUAUACUUCAAGGUCAAUUGGCCUGGUCCGAAUACUCAAAUAGAGACGUGGAAUAUAUACAUGCUAUUACGCAAGGAUACCCCUGAACAGCAUAAGUCGCGUAGACCGAGCGCGGGUGGUUCUUCACUUGAACGAGGGACAACAACCUUGGCAGAUCGUCAAGAAUCCCAACCGCCCACUUGCUGUGGAAACCAUACGAGCCCAAUCAUGUUACGCCAAAGAUACCAAAGGGAAGAAUUCGAAUACAUACUUUUGAUGAUUACUGAAAUACUCACGGUAAAAACUUAUAGCCUAGACGACCGUGUUUUGAUGGGAAGAAUCCGGAUAUUAGAAGAUGAUAGAGAUCGCCUGCGACCCCUGCCCCGUAACUAUCAGGCGACUGGUGUUGGCCGAAAAAUAAAACAUGGCCAGAUCGAUUUCACCCUUGAUAAGGGCGCCCUGCUCCCCGACAGAAGUGAUAUACCGCGCACUAUCGCUGAUUACCGUCUGUGUAUCUUGCAGAAUAGUGAGGAGAAGCAUGAUGUCAUUCGGUAUAUGGGUGAAAUCUACUCACAUGCACUUUUAACUAUAUUUGCACUCAGUGGGGCAGACGCCAAUCAUGGCUUACCUGGCGUACGGCCUCACUCUAGACCCCCGCAAUUGAUUGAAAAAGUGAGAACAGCCCGCUUCCUCUCUGCUCUUCCAAGCCUAGGAGAUUCUCUGAAGAUGUCUCUGCACAACACUCGUGGAUGGACAUUUCAAGAGGUUUUGCUCUCUCCCAGGCGUCUGUUUGUGUCGGAUCGGCAGGUUUAUUUCCACUGCAAGAAAAAUGGAGUCCGAUGCGAAGACACACUCGGUACAGACACUUUCGCUUUCGAGAACGAACACGGACUGCGGAAGGAAAUCAUUUUGUUCGGAGAAGGGGUUGACAAAAAUACGUAUGAUGUGGAAGGCUCGAGAUCAGUGUAUGAGAGUCUUGUUGAAAAAUAUACGGAACGGAAAUUGUCCUAUCCUGCCGAUAUUCUAAAUGCUUUUACCGGCAUCUCUUCUAUCUUGAGCUACGAAUAUAAAAUGGACGGCUGUGAAGAACUUAUUGCUGGUCUUCCACGACGGGAAUUCCUUCGUUAUCUUCUCUGGUCUCCCAAAGAGACUCCCAUUCGCCGGCUGCCGAGGGUAACAGGCCCACAUGAAGAAUCCUUCCCAAGCUGGUCCUGGAUAGGUUGGGUGUGUCCGAUAUUUUAUAAGCGUAUUGGCUCGCGGGUCAUUGAGCCAGGAGUGUGGAUGAAUGAAAUAUCUACACCAUGCACAAUAGAGCUAAUACAGCCAGAUUGUGUCCAGAAAAUUGUCCAUCAGCCCCCAGGAUAUUGUUAUUACGGCUACCCCUCAUGGUCGAUUUUUGGCCAAACGCCUGCCCAAGACACUCUCCGUGAUAUAGUACUGUCUGAUAAUGUUUCUAAGCGCCCAGGACACAGUAUCCUACACUUCCGCACUUUGGCCGUCCCAGCCAUAAACUUCUACUAUGAGAGGUGGUCCCAUACCCCAUACCAUGAUUAUCGGACUCACAUACCAUUUUGGAACGCCCAGGGCCAUCUGUGCGGUAUCUUGGUCGGUAAAACACCACCCAGUCUGGACCUUCUUCUUCCCAAAUGCAAGUAUGUGUUUUUGUGCUAUGCUCAUGUCCUGGUCCGCGAUUCCUCAGAAUACAACCUAGAUGAUUGGCUUUACAAUGAGUUCGAUCAAGCCCGCUGUGUCCCUUUUUUUCUCCUCCUUCAUCGACGUGGCGAGCUCUGGGAGCUGGUUGGCUUGGCUAUAAUUACAUGGAAAGCUUUUGAGAGUACGCACCCAGGGUGGGAAAAUAUUCUACUGGCAUAG